UGAAAUUCAAUCGGUCAACAAAGAUGUGAUUGGCGCUUUUCGAUCCUUCGUGCAUAAAUAACUAACCAUAAAUAUUGAAGUUCAUUCAUUCUCUUACAUUCUCGCAUCGAGUGAACUUUACGAAAUAUUCAAACAUGUCUGGUCGCGGAAAAGGUAAAGCUAAGGGCACCAAGUCUAAAAGCCGCUCAUCCCGAGCAGGGCUUCAAUUCCCAGUUGGUCGAAUCCACCGUCUUCUCCGCAAAGGAAAUUACGCUGAGCGUGUUGGCGCUGGUGCACCAGUGUACUUGGCUGCUGUGCUCGAGUACUUGAGCGCUGAGAUCCUCGAGUUGGCGGGCAACGCUGCUCGUGACAACAAGAAAACAAGAAUCAUCCCCCGUCACCUUCAGCUAGCUGUCCGUAAUGACGAGGAGUUGAACAAACUGCUGGCUGGCGUCACCAUUGCACAGGGAGGUGUUCUUCCCAACAUCCAGGCUGUUCUUCUACCCAAGAAGACCGAGAAGAAACCGAAAGCCUAAACAAGCUUUCACUGCUUAUAAAAAACGGCUCCUUUAGGAGCCACCACAUACGAUAAAAGUCUCGAUCAACCGCUUGUUAUUCCUUAAAUAUUCGUCAAACUUGCUUUAAUUAAAAAAAAUACAGAUAAAAUUGCCAUAAGAGAUACCACUUCCCCAGUUAAAUAAAAGUAUCCUAUUCAGUCACUACAGGAAGUUUGGUCGCUACUUGUGGCAGUCGGAAAAUUAUGGUCAAUUUUAUGAUUUCAAAUUCGAUCUGAACAUUAGGUGCUCCUGUUCCACAAGGAAUUGGCGGUCAUACGCUCAUUUAGACGGACAAUGGUUCGCCGCCAAAAUCCAUGUGCUUUCAAAUGAAAUUGAUUCAUUGUCAACGAAGUGUUUCGGUGAUUUUCAAUUCUUUCGCCAAGAUAUUUUUCCCAUA